CCGUCGAACGGUCCUGUCCGGCUCUCUCUUGCUUCAUCUCCUACACUCCACUGGUUCAUCAAUGGCCGAAACACCUAGCAAGUCUCUUCGAUCUCCCACAAAAUGCAAACAACAAUCCCAUUUGGAUGCUAACUCCUCACCCUCAGUUAACCCUGUAACUCCACAAUCAGUAGCUCCGCGCAGAUCGACUCGCCGUAAGUUGCUGGCCUUUGAUUCUGUCGAUCCUCAAAAGCCUCUCAAUUGCAUUGAUGAACUCUGUGAACAUCCGUCCAAAGCUCCAAAUAAGGAUAAAGCUCGGGAAAGAAGAAAUUUGAACAGGUCUCGUCGAUCAAUCGAUUAUGCUGAAGAACCCUGCAAAGGUAAAGUGACAACCCGUAGAAAUAGAACUAGGGAAAACGUUUCAAUCGGCAAAGCACAUAAAAAAGAGAGCAACUCUGGAUCUGCAAAAUGCCCGACAUCUACUCCAAGGGGCGAAACUUCGAAGAGGAGAAAUGACAAAGAUUCGGAUUCAGCUAAAGUUCCUAUUGCCCCAGUGUCGCCUGACCAAUCGGAAACUAAGAAGAGAAAGAGGAUUGAUGAAAGAAGGGUUGUUACAAGAGCUAUGGUUGCAAGAAGUAGGAAAUCUGAGAAGGGGCAAAAGAGCAAUGUCUUGCCUAAGAGACGGGUGUAUUAUAAAAAAGUCGUAUAUGAUGGGGGUGAGUUCGAAGUAGGCGAUGAUGUUUAUGUGAAGAGGAGGGAAGAAACUGACUCAGAUAAUGAAUUCCCAGAAGUGGAGGAAUGCAGGUUGUGUUUUAGUUCUGGGGAUGAUGUUAUGAUUGAGUGUGAUGAUUGUUUAGGUGGCUUUCAUUUGAAAUGUUUGACUCCACCAUUAAAGGAUGUUCCGGAAGGAGAUUGGAUUUGUGGUUUUUGUGAGGCUCGUAAGAUAGGCAGAGAUGUUGGCUUUCCCAUGCCUCCGGAGGGUAAGAAACUAGUUAGGACAUUGAGGGAAAAGCUUCUUUCCAGUGAUUUGUGGGCUGCUCACAUUGAAAGUAUGUGGAAAGAAGGGGAUGGUACCUACUGUUGUCGUGUCAGGUGGUAUGUGAUCCCAGAAGAGACAGCUAUUGGGAGACAACCUCAUAAUCUGAAGAGGGAGCUAUAUAGAACAAAUGAUUUUGCAGACAUUGAGAUGGAAUCCAUCAUUAGACAUUGCUUUGUCAUGACUCCCAAAGAAUUUGCCAAGGCCAACGAGGGGGAUGAUAUUUUCUUUUGUGAAUAUGAAUAUGACGUUCAUUGGCACGCUUUCAAGCGUCUUGCUGAGAUUGACAAUGACAAUGAGGUUGGUGAAGAAUCUGAUAGUGAUGAAGAUUGGAAUCAUUGCAAGGAGUCAGACUUUGAUACAGAUGAUGAUGUUGAAUACGAUGCAGAGAAUACAAAAGAUUCACGACCUCAGUCAUCAUCAAAUCAUGCACCAGCUGCUAAUCUGCGUAAGGGGCAAUUUUUUGGACUUCAAAAGAUAGGCACCAAAAAAAUUCCACAGUUCAUAAGGAAUCACAAACAAACUGAUAUUGAGAGAGCAAAGGCUAUGCUGUUGCUGGCAUCGUUACCUAAAUCUUUACCUUGUAGGAAUAAAGAAAUGGAGGAGAUAACCUCAUUUGUAAAAGGUGCCAUCUGUGAUGAUCAAUGUCUAGGACGUUGUUUGUACAUCCAUGGUGUUCCUGGAACUGGGAAGACAAUGAGUGUACUAUCAGUAAUGAGGAGUUUGAGGUCAGAAGUUGAUGCAGGAACCAUACGACCGUACUGUUUUGUAGAGAUUAAUGGUUUGAAAUUGGCGUCUCCAGAGAAUAUUUACAGGGUCAUAUAUGAAGCAUUAAAUGGUCACAGGGUCAGCUGGAAAAAGGCCCUUCACUUGUUAAAUGAGAGAUUCGUGGAGGGGAAGAAAAGCGGAGAAAAGGCUGAUCAGCCAUGCAUUCUUCUAAUUGAUGAACUCGAUCUUCUUGUAACCAGAAAUCAGUCGGUGCUUUAUAAUAUUCUUGAUUGGCCUACUAAGCCGCAUUCCAAACUAAUUGUGAUAGGGAUUGCAAAUACCAUGGAUCUUCCAGAGAAGUUACUUCCUCGCAUAUCAAGUCGAAUGGGCAUCCAGAGGCUUUGCUUUGGCCCAUAUAAUUAUCAGCAGCUUCAAGAAAUCAUUUCAAGUCGCUUGAAGGGAAUAGAUGUGUUCGAAAAGCAAGCUAUAGAAUUUGCUUCAAGAAAGGUUGCAGCAAUCUCAGGGGAUGCACGCCGUGCUUUGGAAAUAUGCAGACGUGCUGCAGAAAUUGCAGAUUAUCGUAUUAAAAAGCUGCAUUCAAAUUCUGACUUAGCUGCAUCAGGAAAAGGACUUGUUGCUAUGGCGGAUGUUGAAGCUGCCAUCCAAGAAAUGUUUCAGGCUCCGCAUAUUCAAGUGAUGAAAAGCUGUUCUAGGCUUGGUAAAAUCGUUUUGACAGCCAUGGUGCACGAGCUUUAUAAAACAGGAAUGGGCGAAACUACUUUUGAGAAGCUGGCAAUGACGGUAUCGUGUCUCUGCACCAGCAACGGAGAGGUUUUUCCUGGAUAUGAUACGCUCCUGCAAGUUGGAUGUAGGCUGGGCGAAUCCAGGAUUCUUUUGUGCGAAGCAGGUUCCAAGCACAGGUUGCAGAAGUUGCAGCUCAACUUCCCUAGUGAUGAUGUGGCGUUUGCGCUGAGAAACUGCAAGGAUUUACCCUGGCUGGCCAAGUAUCUAGUUUAGGAGUGAGGGAACAUUUUAUUCUUAAACUGAAACAAUUUUGACCGCGGCCAUGAUCAUAUGUUGUAAUUCAAAGAGAAGUUUUUGUUUUAUUGGGUGAAUAAUUCAAAGUUAAGUUAAAA